AUGGCAGAAGAACGCUUCCGCAAGUACGAUUUUUCCAAUGAAAAGAAUUGGUUGAAUUACUUUAAUAAUUUGGAAAUUGCUGAUGGGAAUUACAUGUCCAACACCACCCUAGAGAAGUACAAGAGACGAUGGUACAAUAAGAAUGUGGAGCCUAUCUCUUUGGAAGUUGGAGCAGCAAGUAGUAGUAACACCUCUUCUACUUCCGAGGCAACCUCAUCCCAACAAGCCUCAUCAUCAUCUUCUUCCUCAAAUCAAACGACAAAUUCUUCUAGUAGAAACAACACCAAUGCAACACAUAAUAGCAAUACUAAUAGUGGUAGUGGAAAUCAAUCGGGCAACACUUCGUAUGGAGGCUUUUGGAAUGCUUUUCAACAACAAAAACCUUAUAUUUAUACCGCAGCUUGCAGUGUGAUUGUAAUUUGUGGUUUAUUGGGUUUGAUUUCCAUUUUGUUUUGCCCAACCUGUGGUGCAGCACAGUCAGCUGCUACGGUACCACCACCUCCAAUUUCUAAUUCACCUCAAUUCGAUCACGAGUUUGAACUGGAUGAUACGGUAAUUCCACCUCAGCCACAACAAACUAUUCCAGCUUCUCCAUCUAGACCCUCAAUUUCUCCAUUCAUGUCACUUUGCAUGAGCAGUUAUUAUUUGAGUGUUUUGUUGUCGUGUGGAAUUUUUGCUUUUGAAUUUUUAUCCAAGUAUGGAUGGAAAAAGUAUGCCUACAUUAUGUUUGAUGCCGAUGGUCAAUAUUUAUUUAUUUCACUGUUUUAUUUGGUUUCAGGAAAGUCUGGAGUUUUUAUUUUGCUAUUGAUGCUCUCUGCAUUGGUGCGAUUAUUGCCAAAUUUACUCAUUGUGACCAACAACAAUCCAAAAGUUUUAGCAUUCCAACAAAAACUUUAUCAAUAUGAUUUAGGCGACAAAUUCGCAAGAUUUGAAUUGUUCCUGCUCGUCAACGAAGUAUUGUCCUUCUCCAUUCUCAAAAUCAUUUUAAUUAUUAAUUUUAUUUGCCACCGUUACAUUAUUUUCCCUCACUUGGCAAACUAUAUUCAUGCCAUUAAGGCCGCUCUCGAUCAAUACAUGCCGAACAUGUUGCGAGGAGUUUACACAAAGAUUCGCGAAUAUCUAUCCAUGUAUGUUGUCUCACUCCAGCAGAAAAAAACCCAACUCGAUGCUCAACAUUAA